ACACAAAAAACAACCAAAUUGAAGAAAAAUUUACGGAAAAUAAAACAAUAAUAAUAAGCAAAUCCUCACCGAGGUGCUGUGAAAAUCGUGGCAAAACAUAAAUUUAAUAAAAAUAAAAAAAAUAUAUUAAUAUUGAAUAAAGUAAAAGAAGAUAAAAUGCAGAUGACACGAAUGUUGUUACAAGAACCAGGAUGGAAAUUGGAAAAAAAAGGUUCAGCAUUGUUUUUACGACGUGACAGUUCUCAUACAAAAUCAACUCGUGUAUGUUUUAAAUGUGACGUUGAAGUUAGAGAAUAUGAAAGAGAUGAAGAUUAUGGUGACAAUGAACAACAAGAAAUUGCAGCAAGUCCAUUGGCAAUGUGUGCAAGUUGUCUUGCUGCACUUUGUGUCACUGUUUUAUUGCCAUGGUUACUUCUUGGUGGUUAAAUUAAUCAACUCUAUUUUUUUUCAUCUUGAUUGAUUAUUUAAUUUAUAAAAUUAUUCCUUCUUUUUUUCUUUUAAUUAAGAUUGUUAUUUAUUUUUUAUUUUUUAAUUAAAACUGAAAAAUAAUCAAAUGUGAUGAGUGAUUUGUUGAGAAACUAAUAAUAAGACUGUUUAUAAUUUUUUUUCUUUUAUUUUAUUUUCAAUUAUUUUGUAUAUAUUUAUAUAUAAUAUUAGAAAAAAUAUAAAAUGAAAAAUCUGAUAAAGAAAACUGAUGGUUUCUUUGUGAAAAGUGAUUUUAUGAAAUUGAAUGAAAUGAAACUUCAAAAGAAAAUUGUUUGAGUAAAAACAAGAUAAAAAAAAACAGUCAAAUGUGGAUAUAGGAUUUUAUUCGUAUACAUGUACUGUAUGUAUUUUAGAAUUUUUGAAAGAUUGACAAAUCUAGGAUACUUGAAAGCAAAAAUAAACAAAAAAUAUUCUAUUAUUUUAGAUAAAAUUUUUCAUCUUGCUUUUAUACAAUUGAUGUAUUUAUUUUUCUUUGGCAUCUGAUGAAUUUACUAAAACAACUGUAGCUCUAAACACUGUGUAUUUAUUUUUUUUCUUCAAAUGACAAAAAAAAAAAAAGAUAUCAAACUUGUUUACACGUUAUUUCAA